UCACGAUUCCUUACAAAGAAAUAUAACAAAAUGGCUUCCUGCACAAUGUACAAAAUGAAACCUUUUUACAGCGACGAAAAAGUUGCUUACGAGCAACGAUCCUCUAUGUACAAAAUGAAAAACAUUCACGAAGACUCUAUAGAAGAUUUGAAUACUGUAGAUGAAGAAAUUGUGGAGCUCCUUAAACGUCAGAAAGCUGUCUUGGCUGAACUGGAUAAAUUGAAACUGGAGGUCGAGCAGAUUAGCGAAGAUAUCGGGCUUAACACCAAGUUUAUGAGACUCGAAACUACAUUUGAUACAAAGGCUUCAAGUGCGACAAAGGAAACAAUGACUAAAAUGAAGAAUGUACCGUGUAAUAUUGUUAUAAAGUCAUCACCUUAUGAACCGCCGUUGUCUGCUAUUUUGAUGCACUUUCUUGUAAGACAUCAUGGGCAGAAUUGUUCAUUGUUGUCUCAUGUUCAUUCCUCAUGGUCCAACUCGUUUCCAAAGAAGUUAAACAAUGUGCUGAAGAAAGCUUCUUGUACUGAAGACAGUUCUUUAUGUUGGCGGUUUAUAUGGAAGGGUGACCUACUUGCACCUAGCAUCAUGGCAACAGUUUCAGACCAGUCACCUAUACUAGGUGAGGCAAAUAUCCUACGUUAUUUGGCUCGGAGAUUUCUUCCUCGUUUGUAUGAACCCGGCCAGCCUUUAAUCCUAGCGGCAAUCGAUGAUUGGUUGAAUUGUGCGGCAGGUCCAAAGAAAGCAUUAUUAGAACAACUCAACAAGUAUCUUGCAAAGAACAAGUGGCUGGUUGGUAAUAAUUUUUCAUUGGCUGACAUUUAUUGUUCUGUUGCCAUGGUAAAAUGUUAUGAUAAUGGUAUGACAGUGCCGAAAAAUGUUGCAAAGUGGCUAUCAGAAUGUAGUGAAAUUAUACCAGGUUUUUGUUCAAUCAAAAACAUUUGGGAUUUAGUCAAUUGAAAUAACACUUGACCAACUGUAUAGAAGUUUUGGUAUUUGAAAACAAUUAGGCAGUGUAAAAAAUGUUCAAUAGUCUGUGAAAGUGAAUUCUUGUGUUAUUAAAUUGCAAAGCAACUUUGACUUUUAUUUA